UGAAAAUUCACUCUUCAGAAAUCAGAACCUUACCAUCAACCAAAAUAAACCUUAGCUAACCUCCACCACUGCCGCCGCAAGGAUUGGGAUACUGCCACCAUCCGUCACACUCAGGAGCUUCCCCCUUCAUCUUAUCGGCGUGCUCCAAGUCUCCAACCCUUUGUUCGCUCCCCUCACCGAGCACAGCUUCUUCCUCGACGUCAGCUCGGCGUCCGUCGUCUUCGUCUGCCCAGUCGCGCUUCCGCCGCCGUCCGUCGCACUCAAGAGCUUCCGUCCUCGUUUAGUGCUCGUGCUUCGAGUCUCCAACCCCUCUGCUCGUGUGGUCCUCGUGUGGUUGUCAUCUGGUCUUCAUCUGGUCACCGUCGCGCUCAACUGCUCUCAAUGAUACUCUACACAUACUGCUCGGAUCGAAGUGUAAUAUUCUAAAGACAGUUCUUCAGGAUGCAUGCACUGGGAGUUUCUCCUUUACUUAUUGCUAAAACAUUUCAAGCAAUGGGAAUUCCAUCAAGCACACGAAGCACUGUGGUGUGUGCUGCAAAAGGUCCAAGGCCACGCUAUCCACGAGUUUGGAAGACCCAUAAAAGAGUUGGGACCAUUAACAAGGCUGCUAAGCUUGUUGAGACUAUUAGACAGCUGUCAAAUGUCAAAGAGGAAGUUUAUGGUGCUCUUGAUUCCUAUGUUGCUUGGGAAUUAGAGUUCCCUUUAAUUACUAUGAAAAAGGCACUCAAGACUCUAGAAGAUCAACAAGAGUGGAAGCGGGUAAUACAGGUAACAAAGUGGAUGUUAAGCAAAGGUCAAGGUAGGACUAUGGGAAGCUAUUUCACAUUAUUGAUUGCAUUAGCAGAAGAUGAUCGAAUCGAUGAAGCUGAAGAGCUUUGGACAAAGUUAUUAAUGCAGUAUAUGGAAAGCUUGCCUCGUAAAUUCUUUGAUAAAAUGAUAUCUAUCUACUACAAGAGAGGCAUGUAUGACAAGAUGUUUGAGGUUUUUGCUGAUAUGGAGGAGCUUGGUGUUCAUCCUAAUUUGACUGUCGUGCAAGUGAUUGGAAGUGUCUUUAAGGAGGUGGGCAUGUUGGACAAAUAUGAGAAGAUACACCAAAAAUAUCCACCACCUAGGUGGAAAUAUAGAUACGUCAAAGGAGGGCGCCGUAUAAAAGUCAAGGUGUCUGGUCAACCUUAUCAAGGCAACUACAGAGAAGGGAAUGAGCAUGCAAAUGCGAAUGGUGAACCAAAUUUGGACUUAGACGACAAUGAUACAUCAGAAGAGACUUCAGAGUUAGAGGAAGUUGAUGAACAAUUCAACCAGGACGCUAAUGCAAGAACCAUGGAAUCUAAACAAAUAUCAGAUGAUUCAUUUGAGACUAAGGAAUCAGUUUUGGAUGUAUAAUAGUUGGGGAAAGAUGAUUUAAGAUCUUGUGAGUUUCCAUUGGCAGUUAUUUCUGUCAUAGUUGGAAUGUAUUGUUUACAUGCCUCUAUCAUGGAAGGAUGGAAAGUGUUAAGGAUAUAGAAUGGAGACACUCUUGGACAAGAAGAGCAUGCUUUUGAAACUAAGGUAUUCUACAUGAUUAUAAUGAAAAACCAAGAUGUGAUUUUCUUCUCUA